GUAGAGGUGGCGGCAGCCCCACCCGCUAAUAUAAACCGCUCGCUGGCCAAAGUCACACAGACAGUCACAGAAAGUCUGCCAGCCGAGCUAGCAAGCGGCAGCUCAAACUCACCAGAAGUUUGAGUUAAGUUUUAAGAGAGUGACGGAAUCUGUGUGUGAAAUAUAUAUAUAUACAUAAGCAAUCAAGAUGAGGAGUUCGAGGGUGAUAUUCGUGACGAUGGCGGCUUUAUGUGCUGCGGCGGUUCAAGCACUUCCGGUGGAACAACCCGAGAGUCUCGUACCAGCGGGACAGGACCUCGACAGACUGAUGAUAGUCGAAGCCGACGACCAGGCUGCGCUGAGAAGCAAAAGGACGAUUGGAAUCCUGAGACAACUGUUCCCCGGACUGUCACAGGACGUGAACCCGGAAGCCGAAAAUCAAGUGGUCGCCGAAUCCCAGAAUAACGAAGUACGAGUCCAGUUUGCCGACGAACAAGGUGACGCAGCCCCCGCGGGUGAUCUCACCCCGUUGGACGACGUCGAGUUGUCGGAUGAAAACCGAAACAAAAGGUUCCUCAACGGGGACAGCUUAUCGGGGGGUGGAGGUGGCUCUGGCAACUUCAUCUUCGACCUCAUCCGGCAAACUGCAGACGGGGCGGCUCGCGCGGCUGGUACCGUGUACCGUGUCGUUGCGGGUACCCAAAGCCUUGGGCUGGGUCUUAGCGCGUCACGAGACAUCGCGCCGAUCCCCGCUGCCCCGGCACCCAUGGGCACGGGGGUGCCCGCCCCUCCAGCUCCUCCAGCCCCAGGACCCGGUUCUUCCGCAGCGCCAGCCGGCAACCCAAACGCCGGCCCCGGGCUGAUCGCCGGAAGUGGAAGCUCCGAAGCUGCUGACGUCGCCGCUAACUCGCCAGUUGAUUCUGGCAAGGGUAACGACGGCAGUCAGGAAGCUGUUCCCGGACCCGUCACCAGACUCUUCGUCAUCGCAAACAGAGGCAUCUCCAACCUCAUCCAAGACUUGAUCCUUCGUUUGGCAGCUACCAGCGAACGAAUCGUUAACUUCAAAGCGCGACUGAUCACCUCCAUCAUCUAGAACGCUUCCGGAAUAAGCAGCGAGAAAUUAGCAUCCGGAGUAAAUCCGGAAGCCCCGCUGAUUUCUUCUGCCACGUUUACAAGAAUGCGUCGCGGGACCGAUCUGGCAACAUUGAAAAAAAGGACAAAACCAAAAGACAAAAAGAAAAAUAAUGAAAAACACAAAUUGGGAAAUUUUAUAGAAGAAAAUGUAUAGAAAAUAACCGUUGCCUCUUGUCCCCGCUGAUCGCAUGACUCAACGAGAGAACCCUUCGACAACUAGUUUCACCCUGCAAAACCCCUAAAUUAUAUAUUGACGGAACAUUUUUUUUUUCUUUUUUUUUUUGUACGAACUGUAUGUAACAGUAUAAAUGCUCUUUUUUACUCAUACGACAAAACGAAUACGAACAGUAUAAAGAUAUACGAGAAGAUUGGUGAAAAAAAUCUAAAUUAUGUCCCAAAUAAAACACUUUUUGUAUAUAGUUAUCCCAUCGACGCAUUGCCACACAGAGUGCCCAUUUAUAUUUUCACUAUAUUACCACAGUUUCUAUGAUUGGCAACUCGAAUUUUCAUCGAGAUGCGGAAAGCUUCAAAACGAUUUUUUAAAAACUAUGUGCCGAGUCGUUUUGAUCUCGUUUAGUGAAUAAAGGAAAUUCGAUUAUUAGCGCGAGAGAAAAAACCAUCUGAUCGGCACAGACAUUUUUUCAAAUCGUUUCGAAUACCGUACAUCCAGUUUGCGCCGAGGCCUGUAUGUUGUUUAUUUUUUUCAUCUUCAAUUUUCUCGAACAGACGAAAGUUGAAGAUGAAAAUCCGCCCUCGAUAACAGCGCGUAAAUAGACGUUAUGAAUUUGAUAAUCCAUGAUAAUAUAAUUACUUUAGGCUAAUUACCAACUUAUGUAAAUCGUCCCCUGUUAUUUUGUAGUGUAAAUAAAUAAAUAUUAUUGUAAUAAUAAUUCAUUUUCUUAGGAAA